UUCAUAUGUUAGCUAAUGUGGGCUAGCCUGUUAUGGAAGAAGGAACACAACCGAGGGGCUGCCUGAUAAAACGGGACUGGCUGGGACUAGUUCUGAGGCGUGAUUUGGAAAGAUAACGCUACAUACCGGAAGCCCGGGGAACGUCUUCCUGGCUGAAAACAAAAACACCAUAGAGAGAGCUAAAAUUACGGGACAGCCACAAUUACAAGUCUAAUAUGGAGCAGACAGUUUCGGAGCGUCCGAUAAUUACCCGCCGCCGUCGAGUUUAGCUUUCCCCGGCCGCAGCUGAACCUCAACUGCGGCAGCACCUCGGGUCGCGCUUAAGCCACGAGAAUCUUUGUUCACGUUUUUUCAUGGGACACAACCGGGCUUCCCCUCCGCUUUGUCGUUGUUUUAACGCCGUGACAGCAUCCCCCUCGGCUGGUAUCGACCGGCCACCGAGGUCCCCGCAUCCUAUGGACUCCCAACAGUAGUUUUUUGGCUUUUCUGUCGGUCGGUCCCUCUCUGACGGACGCGGCAGUCAUGUUUGCCGUGCGUAUCGUCACCGCAGACUUCUAUCUGGCAAGUCCAAUAAAAGACCUGGACGUCUGCUAUUCUGAAUUCAGGGAGAGCGACGUGAAGAAAGUGCCGGUGGUGCGGAUAUUUGGAGCAACACUCGCAGGCCAGAAAACGUGUCUCCACCUUCAUGGUGUGUUCCCCUACAUCUACAUAUCGUACGAUGGCUACGGCCAACAGCCAGAACGCUACCUGCGGCAGGUGGCCUUCAGCAUCGACAGGGCGCUCAACGUUGCCAUGGGAAACCCCGCCUCCAACACCCAGCACGUCUUCAAGGUGGUGCUGGUCUCUGGAAUGCCUUUCUAUGGCUACCACGCUAAAGAGAAGCACUUUAUGAAGAUCUAUCUAUACAAUCCUCAGAUGGUCAAAAGGGUGUGUGAGCUGUUACAAAGCGGAGCAGUGAUGAACAAGAGUUACCAGCCCCAUGAGGGCCACAUCCCCUACCUGCUGCAGCUCUUCAUAGACUACAAUCUGUACGGCAUGAACCUGGUUAACUUGGGGGCUGUCAAGUUCCGCAGGGGCCAGAACAAAGAAGACGCGGCAGCGGUCUCAGACAGGCAAACUCCCAGUAGUCGUCCCAGCAUCAGCCCCUGGAAGAGCCCCUGCACCUCCAAGCUUAACAACAGGACCCUGGGGGGCACGUUUGUCCGCUGGGAGGAGAACGCCAUACCCUGCUCCCUAGUCCUGGAUGAGGUGGAGAAGCAGAGCACCUGUGAGCUGGAGGUUGAUGCUGUGGCUGUUGACAUCCUCAACCGCCUGGAAAUUGAAAAUCAGAUUGGCAGGAACCCUGGCCUGCAGGCCAUCUGGGAGGAUGAGAAGCAGAGGAGGAGAGAGAAGAACCAGGCCUCCCAGAUAGAAACUUCUGAGUCACAAGAUCGUGGGUUUGUCACUUCAACGGAGAGCGAGAAAAUCUUCAUGAAGAGAUUCAAGGAGAUUCUGAAGGAGAAUGAGUUUGAUGUGACACAAGGUUCGUCUGUUGUCGGGGAGGACCAAGAGGAUUUUCCCGGUGAACUUACUUACCAUUCUGACCCCCUGACCCCUGAGGGAGUGCCGUGUACCUCUGCUAAUGCUGUAGAGGUGCACAGGGACUCACAGCCAGACUCUGUGAGGAGCAGUGGUAAAAUCCCAGAGGAGGCCAUCGUUGACGAGGAGGCCAUCUUGAGUCUCCUGGAGAACAGUCAGACCUUCCUCCCACGCUCCCAGACAUCCAGCCACUCGCCCCUGUUAGACAGCAGCCAAGACCACACCAUCAUUGAUUUGCUGGCAGGCCUGGAGGAUGAUGGUUUCUGCAGGACCCCCGUUAGGCAAAAUUCCCAGUCCCAGUCACUUUCUGGUGCCAGGAGCUACCACUGCAAUAGUGAUGAGGAGGAGGCUGAGCCAGAGCUGGACAAGGAAGAGGCCGAGCUCAGCCUGAUAAUGUCACAGCGGUGGGACAGCGAGCAUCCUGAGAACUCAUCCUUACCAAAGCCCGGUGUGAAGGAGCCAGAGGACGGCUUCAGUGAUGAGCAGCAGGAGUCCUCUGACGAAGACAUGGAAUGGAGUGGGAAUAACUCUCUGUUCGCCAACCUGUCCAUCCCCCAGCUUGACGGGGCCGCAGACGAGAGCAGUGAUUCAUCCUUAACGGACAGUGGCUCCAGGACCCAGUCUUCUCUCAUAGUCAAAGAAAAGAUGCUCGGGAAAAGGAAUCCCUUCUCCGGGGAGAUGGUUCACUUGGAGCCACCUUCCUCAGCUAAGAUCCUUUUGGAGUGCAAGCACCCUGAGCACAGACCAGUUCAUGUGCUGGACACGGACCAACGACUUGACAAGCAUUUUCAAUCAAAAAGCAGCCAGGACAGCAGUAGUGAAUGUUCAACAGGGUUCAAGGUUAAUAAAGAAAUCCCCUACAUCCCGCCAGUCAAACACCCCAUCCCCUGCAUGAUAGCCAAUCACCCUGAGGUGUCUCCCAUCUGCGUAGACAAAGAGGACAUGCGACCCCUGUACACCUAUGACAAGAAAACUUCCAUAGCUUUGGAUAAGACAGACCUAGAAAGUUUCCCAUUUGGUAACGGAAAGGUCACCAAAAACAGGAAGAAGUACGGCAGCAUAAAGAAUGUAGAAACAAAUUGUCUGUCCAUUCUUCAGAACCAUAGAACCUUCUCUCUCUGUUACUCAGAGCUGAGAAACUGCUCAGCUAAGACAGAGCUGGAACUGACCCAGAAGGACAGUAAAAGCCCUGUCCUGAGGAACAUCUCCUCAUCCCCGUCACCCAUGGAGGAGGAUGAGUUUCUUGAUCCUCAGGAGGAAGAAAUGGGCCAGGACAGUGAGGAGGGAGAUGUUGGUGAACUCAAAAUCAGGUACGAGGACUAUCAGGAAAAUAAGACUGAGAGGACUAUAGUGGCCCAGCAGGAAGCACACUACAAGUUCUUCCCCAGUGUCAUCCUCUCCAACUGCCUCAGUAGGAAGAAAUCUGGGAGCAAAAAGUUGGCUGAUUCCUGCAGCGAGCUAGAACCGGUCCAGCCUUGCAGAUCUAGGCUAAAAGUAAAUAAAAAAAGGUUGGGAAUGGUAGGACAGAGGAACAAAUUGAACAUAGUUGAAAGCUCUACCUCUGACAGCCAGUUUAGUACUGGCCUCACCUCAAUCACACCUGCUUGUCCAGUGACCGCAGACACAGAGAUGCCAGGUUUGGAGGAUAAGCCAAUAAAAGAGGCUGAGCCAAUUAAAGAUGGGCCAAUCAUGCAGGGAGAGCCAAUCACAAAGGAGGAGCCAGAAAGUGAGGAGAGGUCAGUAAAUGAACAGACAGAAAGACUUUCAGAGCCCCCUGCCACCACUGUUUCCAGUUUUUCUGAAGAAGUUACAGACUCAGCAGAGGAUAUGUUAAGCCCAUUGCAAGAUUUAUCAGCUAAAGUCACCUGUACUAAACCUUCAGCACUGCCUGGUAGUAAAUACACCCUGAGGGCCAAACGGAAAAUGAUCUACGAUGGCGAGGAUGGAGAACACUCAGGUGCCACUCGUUCUAAAAACCCAGCCUCCAUUAAAGAACGGCUCAAGGACACGAAUGUCCCCAGUGGGCAGGAAGUAAAAUAUCAGAAACGGCGCAAGAAGGAACCCCCUAUCAUCAUCAAGUACAUUAUCAUCAACAGGUUCAAAGGACAGAAAAACAUGCUGAUAAAGAUGUCCAAAGUGAAUGCAGAGGAGCAGUUGGUGUUGCUGACGCCAGACAAGCUAGAGCAGUACAAUAAACUGGCCCCUCUCAAGGAUUUCUGGCCCAAGGUGCCAGAAUCCACUGCUGUCAAGUUUCCCAUCACUGAGCCAAAGGCCAAAAAACACCCAAAAAGAAAGGCAAAGGUCAACUCCACAAAUAAGAAAACGUUUGGCAACUCCUCCAAACCUCGGAUCAGACAGCGUGAAAGGGUCAAAAGGAUUAAAGGCUGUCAGACAGGCCCAAUUCUACCCUCUCUACCGCCCCCUCAGCCAUGUUACUGUGAGCUAGCAAAUGACCAUGGCAUUGACUAUUCUGAUGUCAUGGUAGAGUUGGGCUACCUCUCUGAUAGAUCCCCAAGUCCUACAGACUCAACACCCCCACGUUGUUGGUCCCCAAGUGACCCUCUUAUGGACACCAGGAGUUCAGAGAAGCUGAUAAACCCACUCAGUGACCCAUGUCUUAGUUCUGCUUUUCACAAGCCAAGCAUAGUGUCUUCAACCAAAGGAGCGCAAAAUAAGUGUCAAACUACCAAACCUAAGAAAUCCACAAACACUAAAAGGAAAGUAAGCAAGUCUGCAACUAAGCGUUUGGAGGAAGAGGAACCCAAAAAAGAGAAAUCAAGACAAAGUAGUGGUGCUGCUCCAAGGCAGAGGAAGAAAGCUAAAGAUACAGCUGAAGGUGCUGUCAACAGUUCUACAACCACCAUAAGACCUAGAAAGUCUCGCAAAAAGAAGACUGAGGAACCCAAAAGCCAUGACUCAAGUAAAGAAGGCUUCCCAGGGGAUGAGUUGCUUCCUUCUGAGAAGUCCUCUCAAGAGGUCCCUCGAUUUCAGCAGACAGUGAGCACAGAUAGCAACAGCCAGGGCAGUUCCCAGACUGCAUGUAUAUCAGACUCUAAUUCAAUAGCGCAGUCUAUAGAACCAAAGGUUGAGGACUGUGAGACUUCCAUCAUGCAGGUCAACCAAAUCUUUUCAGCACCAGCUCAGCUGAAGCAGCAAGGUUGCCAGACCGCUGUGGUAAAGGCAGAGGCUUCACAGGAGGAAUGCAUGGCUCCUCCACCUCCUCUGGCUGGUAGACCCUUAAUGGAAGACAGUAAAGACGCCCAACUAUCAGCAGCCUCCCCACACUCAGGCCCUAAGAACGGGGAGAUCCCCACUCUCUCUGAGACCCCCUCUGGCUUGGCUGUCCUCAAGCAGCUUCUCCAGAAGAGGCAGCAGGGACCGGCCCUUCCUCUACAAGUGGUAGGUACAGACAGCCACUCCUCUGCCAUAGCUCAGGCCACAGCACUACUAGAUCCCACAACUAAACCAGCUAAAUCCAGAAGAGCUCCCUCCACCACUCCUCGGAAACCCAGGGCCCCAAAAUCUACCACUCCCAAGGAUAGAAAGCCCAGAAUUAGGAAAGGCAAGGCAAGCAGCACUCAGCCAAAUCUAUCAGUGAUGCAGGAGGACAACAGGUCAGAUGACUACCCCAUCUUCCUGUCAGACCCAGGCCUGGACAGCUGCAACUUCAUAGAGGACAGCUUGUCACCAGAGCUCCCACACAACUAUACGUUUGAUAUAAAUGCCAUUGAUCAGACAGAGUUCCCCAGCCCAUACAGUGGCAGUCAGUUUGUCCUGACUGAUAAAAAUUUACCAGUUAAGUUCCUGAGUGAUGUCAGCCAGGAAGCUGUAUCUGCUCAGGCACUGGGCUUUGACAAGAAACUUGAUAGGCUAUUUGGUUCUGGGGAGGAACUACAAAGAGGCUCUGACUGGCACAAAGCAAGGCCUGUCAGCCCUGACCUCUUUGAUAGACCUGAGAACGGGGAGUCUGUAUCGAAUCACCUCACAUUCCUCGACUCUGAGAAAAUCAAGAGCAGAGUGGAGCAGUGGGACUUCUCUUUAGGUAAAGCCCAUACACUCAGCCCCUUUCAAGACUUUCACUGUGAGAGAAAAGAGCUGCUCUUUUCCGUCUUCGAACCUGUCCAAACUUUGCCUUUAAGCUCUGCAUCAUUUGUCGACCACGAGGGCUCACCAACAGGGGAGCUUCUGGAGGGCAUUGAUGGGCUAACAUCCACCACACCCUGUAGCUCUCCACGCUCCAUCAGCUCACUAUCCCAGGUGAGGGCAAGCCAGCUGCUGCGGUGGGCAGGAGGCGGAGCCCACAUUCUCAAGCCCCUCAUGUCCCCUCCAAGCCGGGAGGAGAUCCUCAGCACUCUGCUGGACCUGGAGAUGUCAGAGGCCACCUUCCAGGAGCCCUUCUGCAGCGACCCCUCCGAUGCACCAGGAAAACCAAUGGAGGUUGGCGGCCGUAAGUUAAUGGUGGGUACCAGACUGGCUAAGGAGCUAGCAGAAUUCAGUGGAGACCUAUCUUUGGAGGGCCUCCAUUUCUGGAAGACGGCCUUCUCAGCCAUGACACACCCCGCCUCCGCUAUUACCUCAUUUUCCCAAGCCCAGGGAACUGAGCCCUCAGAGGCAAGUAAAGAGCAGGCCAAGCUUGACCCGUCCUCAGCCAGUGACAAGAAGGUCAUCCUUCUGCCCUGCAAAAACCCACCAAGCCGAGAGCGCGUGCAGCUGUGGCUGGAAGCCAGGAAACAGUAUGAGAGUUUACAAAAAGGGAGACGAGACACAGGGUCGCUGAAGAAAGAGGUUGGGCUGGAUGUGGAGGGGAACCCAGAGAGAACUGAGCAGCCAGCUGCUUCCAGCUGUUCAGCAGUGAAGGUUGAGCUGUGCGAGAGACUCUCCAGUAUCAGGACUCAAAGGAGAAAGAAGUUCAACCUGUCCUUAAUCAUAUCUCCCAUGAAGAAUACAGGCUCUCAAUGUAAAUCCACAGAGAUGAGUCCAGUUUCAGAUGAAGGCAGUGUGGAUAUUGAGCAUGAGGGUGGAGAAAAAGAUGGUGAUGAUAAAGCCACCUCACCAGAGUCCCCAGAGCUGCCUCCCUGGCAGCAGUCCUGUCAGCCCAGCCCCUCAGGGCCAGACAGGCUCAGUGAAAACAAGCCAAGUGAAAACUCUCCAGAAUCACCGUCACCUAGGCUCUCUAACUCCCUGGAGAGACUAGUGAAGAAUCUUAGUCCCUCGCUCCUCCAUGUCAGUAACAGGGAAGAGGGGAGAACUAAUUCCCACCUCCUUUACAGCACCCCCUUUUUAAGGAGGCAGCGGAGAAGCACAGAAGAUCUGGAGCCACUGUGCAGCACGCCCAUAUCUGAGGACAAUCCCAUUUCUCAGAGACUCCAGCAGAGCAGGAGAAGCCAAGCGGACCCACUGAGAAGAGUUUUACUGACCACACAGAUGAAGAACCAGUUUGCUGCUUUGAAUGUGCCAAAGAAAGAUACUUCUCAGAUUGAAGGGCCCAGCAUAGCCAACUCUUACGGCUUCAGAAUCAGCAUGCAAAACCUGCAGGAUGCCAAAGCUCUGCAUGAGGUCCAGUAUCUAACACUGAUGGACAUGGAGCUCCAUGCAAGAACUCGCCGUGAUCUCGAGCCUGACCCCGAGUUUGACCCCAUAUGUGCCUUAUUUUACUGCCUCAGUUCUGAUGAUCCCCUGCCAGAUGUAGACGGCACCCAGCUGACAGGUGCCAUUGUGGUGGACAAAGACCGCUGUGACCAAGCAGGUCACAGAGGAACAGCGCCCCUGCUGGUCAGGUCAGGUGUCUCUGGGUUGCAGGUAACAUACGCCACUGAUGAGAAGAUGCUGUUUCAGGAGCUGAUCACCAUCAUGAGGAGGUCUGACCCAGACAUCCUGGUGGGGUAUGAGGUACAGAUGCAUUCCUGGGGCUACCUCCUCCAGCGGGCCGCAGUUCUCGGAGUGGACCUGUGUCAGCAGCUGUCACGAGUGCCAGGUGACUCCAAAGAGAAUCACUUUGCUGCAGACAGGGAUGAGUACGGAGCCGACACCAUGACUGAGAUCAACAUCAUCGGACGCAUCACCCUAAACCUGUGGAGGGUGAUGAAGACUGAGGUGACGUUGAACAACUACACUUUUGAGAACGUAGCCUUCCAUGUACUCCACCAGCGCUUCCCUGUGUAUAGCCCCCGCACACUGUCUGACUGGUUUGACCACAGCACCGAUCUCUACAGGUGGAAGAUGGUGGACCACUAUGUGAGCCGUGUGCGCGGCACCAUGCAGCUUCUUCAGCAGCAUGACAUCAUCGGCAGAACCAGCGAGCUGGCCAGAGUGUUUGGGAUUCAGUUCUUUCAUGUUCUGACCCGAGGAUCACAGUACCGCGUUGAGUCCAUGAUGCUACGUGUGGCCAAGCCAUUGAACUACAUCCCUGUGACACCCAGCAUCCAGCAGCGAGCCCAGCAGAGGGCGCCGCAGUGCAUUCCUCUGGUGAUGGAGCCUGAGUCGCGCUUCUACAGUAACUCAGUGAUUGUACUGGACUUUCAGUCGCUCUAUCCCUCCAUCGUCAUUGCGUACAACUACUGCUACUCCACCUGCCUCGGCCACGUGGACAGCCAGGGAACGCCUGAUGAGUUUAAGUUCGGCUGCACCUCCCUGCGGGUUCCUCCUGAGGUCCUCUACCAGCUCCGCAAUGACAUCACCGUGUCACCCAACGGCAUCGCCUUCGUCAAGUCCUCAGUGCGUAAAGGGGUCCUGCCCAACAUGCUGGAGGAAAUCCUGAACACAAGGAUCAUGGUGAAGCAGUCGAUGAAAACCUACAAGCAGGACAAGGCCUUGAUGAGGCUGCUGGACGCACGGCAGCUCGGACUCAAGCUCAUCGCCAACGUCACCUUCGGCUACACUGCCGCCAACUAUUCUGGACGCAUGCCCAGUGUGGAGGUUGGAGACAGCAUCGUCCACAAAGCCAGAGAGACCCUGGAGAGAGCCAUCAAGCUGGUCAAUGACACUAAGAAAUGGGGAGCGCGUGUUGUGUAUGGAGACACCGACAGCAUGUUUGUUUUGCUGAAGGGAGCAACCAAAGAGCAGGCCUUCAAGAUCGGCAACGAGAUCGCUGAGGCAGUGACUGCAACCAACCCCAAGCCAGUCAAACUCAAGUUUGAGAAGGUGUACCUGCCCUGCGUGCUGCAGACAAAGAAGCGCUAUGUGGGCUACAUGUACGAGAGCCUUGACCAAAAGGAGCCUGUGUUUGACGCCAAAGGGAUUGAGACUGUGCGCCGCGACAGCUGCCCCGCUGUUUCCAAGAUUCUGGAGCGUUCCAUUAAGCUGCUGUUUGAGACUCGGGACAUCAGCCAGGUGAAGCACUUCGUGCAGCGUCAGUGUUUGAAGGUUCUAGACGGCCGGGCCAGCAUGCAGGACCUGACCUUCGCCAAGGAGUACCGGGGCAGCGGCUCGUACCGGCCCGGAGCCUGCGUGCCUGCCCUGGAGCUCACCAGGCGUAUGAUGGCGUACGACCGUCGCCUGGAGCCGCGUGUGGGCGAGAGGGUGCCCUAUGUGGUCGUGUAUGGGGUCCCUGGCGUGCCCCUCAUCCAGCUGGUGCGUCGGCCCAUGGAAGUGCUGCAGGACCACAGCCUCCGCCUCAAUGCCACCUACUAUAUCACCAAGCAGAUCCUGCCACCACUGGCCCGCAUGUUUCAGCUGAUCGGAGUGGACGUGUUCAGCUGGUACCAGGAGCUCCCCAGGAUCCAGAAAGCGUCCUGCUCCUCGGCAGUAGGUGAGGAAGUGGGGAGGAAGGGAACCAUUUCCCAGUACUUCACCACGCUUCAUUGCCCCGUGUGUGACGAGCUGACCCAGCUCGGUGUGUGCUCACGGUGCCGCGCCGAGCCCCAGCGAGUCGCAGUUACACUCUACCAGGACAUGAGACAGUGGGAGAGUCAGCAAGACCAGCUGCUCAAGAUCUGUAGGAACUGUAGCGGCUGUGCAGAGCGGCAGGUGCCCUGUGUGUCCCUGGACUGUCCUGUCCUCUACAAGCUGUCCCGGGUCAACAGACAGCUCUCCAAGGCCCCCUACCUCCGACAGCUGCUGGAGCAGUUCUGAUUGGCUCCUGAACCCCAGAGCUCCCCGUUGAUUUGGUGCUAAUCGCCCCCCCACCCCCAUCCCCCCACCCCCAGUGUUUCAUUGACCAUUCAGUUGUAAUAGUUUAAAUGGUGCUUUGAUUGAACCCUGUUCGGGUUUCAUUCUGUCUUGUAACUGUUAUUAGUUAUUAAGUAUUUCUCUGCGUGUGCAGACUGUCCGGUUCGAGCCUCCUGUGGGGAGUGCCCCCUCCCUCCUCGAGCUUGUGUUUGUCUCCAAGCUUGUUUGCUGCCAUCUCCAUGAGCUGCUAUGGGCUGAGUGAAGCUGAUGUCUUUGGUGACACACCGACAGACCGUCUAUCAUGAAACGGAGUGCAGUCCAGUCAAGGAUGAGCUGUAUCCUGUAUGUGCUGUAGCAGUUUGAAGUCAUUGGUUUUUAAGGAGCUCCUUACAAAUCUCAAGAUAAACUACAUUCAAACCACUAAUUGACUUCUCUUCAUUUUUAUAUCGACUGCAGUCUUUUUGUAAAUAGUUCCUGUAUAGCUCCAUCUAUAAUCUCACUGUGCAUUAGCAUUUAAAAAAACUAAAGCUCCGGCCAUGAAUGCGAUCAAAUCUGUUUUUAUGCAUUCUGUUAAAGGAUGCCACUUUUCAUGUUUCCUUUAACCUCGAUUAUAUUGAUGUCCAUUUUGGCAGAUUUGACACUUCAUACUCCUUCUACAGAGCGUGGAAACUGGAAACCAUUUCAGUUUAAAAAAAAAUCUGGGACUGUUGCAAUACUGUAUUUUGAUAUUUUGUCAUGAAGCAUCUAUUAUUUCCUUGUGCAUAUAUGGUUUUGUGUACGUUUCCAAUUUUCUGUGCAAAAUAAACCUGUCAUCAAACCACAUCGAGAUCCAAUCUUCAAUUCCCCAUACAGCCGUACACAGGAUCUGUGUAUUUGUAUAAAUGUAAAAAAAUAAUAAUGAUGAAGGAGGUGUUUUUUGGUUUGUUUUUAAUGGACAUUGCUGUGGGUUGAGGUUUGAGAUUGAUAUAAUAAAAAGUCAAUGUAUUAAAA